AUGGCUCAGACCGACUACAAGUUCGAAGGGUGGAUGGGUCUCGAUAAGGACUCGGCCGACGGCAAGAUGGUCUGGCAAGAAUUCGAGCCCAAGGCCUGGGAGGAGACCGACGUCGACAUUAAAAUCUCUCACUGUGGUGUCUGUGGUUCGGAUUUGCACACUCUUCGCAGCGGCUGGAGGCCAGCCUUGUAUCCCUGCUGCGUGGGCCAUGAGCUCGUCGGCACCGCCGUGCGCGUCGGAUCCAAGGCCGUUGGCGGCAUCAAGGUCGGCGAUCGUGUUGGUGUUGGCGCGCAGAGCGACUCUUGCCUGGGCCGUCUUGGAGACUGCCCGGAAUGUGCCAUGGGCUGGGAGCAGUACUGCAACAAGAAGUUCGUGGGUACAUACAACAAUACCCAUCUGAAUGGCGGAAAGUCCUACGGCGGUUAUGCUCUCUACAACCGUGCUCCCUCUCACUUCGUUAUCAAGAUCCCUGACAGCAUCCCCUCGGCGCACGCAGCCCCUAUGCUGUGCGGUGGUGUCACUCUUUACAGCCCUCUGAAGCACAACGGCUGCGGUCCUGGCAAGAGCGUUGGUAUCAUUGGUGUCGGUGGACUGGGUCACUUUGGUGUCCUCCUGGCUAAGGCCAUGGGCGCCGACAAGGUCGUUGCUUUCUCGCGCAAGGCCGGUAAGGCUGCGGACGCUCUUAAAAUGGGUGCAGACCUUUACAUUGCCACUGAUGAUGAGCCCGACUGGGCUACUAAGCACGCCCGUUCCCUGGACCUCAUUGUGUGCACCGUGUCCUCGUCCAAGAUGCCCAUGACUGAGUACUUGGGACUACUUGCAACCGACGGUGCUCUGGUGCAAGUUGGGAUGCCCGAAGAUGGCAUGCUCUCGGCCCCCGUGCCGAGACUGACCCGUCGUCUCAAGGUGACGAGCUCCCUGGUCGGAAGUCCCGACGAGAUCCGUGAGAUGUUCCAGCUCGUUGCAGAGAAGAAGGUGGAGCCGUGGAUCGAGGAGAUCCCGAUGAAGAACGCAAAUGAGGCGAUUGUGGAUAUGGAGGCUGGAAAGGCACGCUACCGUUACGUGCUUGUCAACGAGGAGCAUUAA